AUGGAAAUAGUGACAACAGACAGUGUCUCAAUUGUGGAAACACCAACAUGGAAGAGACCUUUAGAAUUAUUAAACAGUGGAGAAACUGUCAAGAUUUGUGCUCCAAUGGUUCGAUAUUCCAAAUUAGCAUUCCGUAUGUUAGUACGACAAUAUGACUGUGAUUUAGCUUUUACUCCAAUGAUAGUCUCUGAUAGUUUUAUCAAGUCUGUCAGAGCUAGAGAUUCUGAUUUCUCUACUUGUAAAGGAGAUCGUCCACUAAUUGUCCAGUUUGCUGCUAAUAAUUCUACUGACCUGGCCACUGCUGCUGAAAUAGUUUAUCCUUUUUCUGAUGGUAUUGAUCUCAACUGUGGCUGUCCACAAAAGUGGGCAAUGGCAGACGGUUAUGGAAGUAGUUUAAUCUAUAAAAGUGAACUAUUAUGUGAUAUGAUAAAACAAACACGAAAUCGUGUUCCAGAUACAGAUUUUACUGUUUCUAUUAAAAUUAGAAUUCAUCCUGAUAUCAGACAAACAGUGGACCUGUGUCAGAAAGCAGAACAAUGUGGUGUAUCGUUUAUUUCUGUUCAUGGUAGAACAAAAGAUGAACGAACUAAUCCAGUGAACAUAGAAGCUAUUAGAAGUAUAAAUGAUAGUGUAGGAAUACCAGUUAUAGCUAAUGGUGAUAUUAAAACACUUCAAGAUGUUAAACAUGUAGUAACAGAGACUGGAGUGAAUGGAGUAAUGGCAGCUCGUGGAAUAUUAACCAAUCCUACCAUGUAUACAGGAAGUGAUGUAACAUCGAUACAAUGUAUCAAACAAUGGUGUGAUCUAGCGUUAGAUUUAGGAACACCAUUUCCUAUUUUUCAUCACCAUCUGAUAUAUAUGAUGGAGAAAUUACUCUGUAGAUCAGAACGUAGAAUAUUUAAUAGUUUAGUCAGUACUACUGGAGUCUUAGAGUUUCUUAAAGAUAAUUAUAAUAUCUCCUAG